UCAGACACCUUCAGAGCAUUGAGAGAAGACCAGAAAUUAACCCAAACACACAUAGAGACUACCACCAUGAAGUCCUGGAUUCUCCUACUCAACAUGCUCGUCUACGGGGUUUUAAUGCCUCUGCCUGUGAUGGGAAGCCUUGGGAACAAUUUUAUUCCAGAGGGAAAAACAGAUACUGCGCAGUGCUGGGUACAGCCUCUGUUAAAGUACUGUGAGAAGAGGUGCACUAAAUUACAGAAGUGUUUAUUUCCCAAUCAUACAUGCUGUUGGACCUUCUGUGGAAACAUCUGCUUGGAUAAUGAAGAACCCUUCAAAUCCAUGGUAGACUCUAGGUUCUAGCUGCCCCACCACUGGUGUGGGCUAGAGGAUGCCUAUGUUGUCUAAGAAGAGUGCUACCUGGCUCCCUGCUGGGUUAUCCCCUUGCUCUGGCUGAAGACCAUUCUAUUCUCCCCCUUGAUCUCUCUAUCGUGAGAAGACUCAAGACUCUGCCAAAUAAACUGAUAUCCAACUGAGG